AUGGGCGAUUCCGGAUUUCGAAUGCCCUACUGCUUGCCCAGUCCGGACGCAGGCAGAUCAACGGAAGAACCGCUAAAUCAGCAACACCAAUGGGAUCACGAUGCUUUGCCGUUUCUUUCGAAAUCUCAUUUGUCUCGAAUGAGUCAUCUGGCCGUUGAGGGGAGAACGAGAGAGAGCUUGCUCGACGUACUAACGAGAGUCAUUACGACGCGACGCGGCACAAGAGGCUUUGUUUACCGCAAGAUAAGACCAACGAUGACAUUGGAGAGGGAUGACAUCAGGGAUCUGAGCGAUGUUAUUCUGCAGGAUAAUUCGGACACCGAGACGCAGUGCAAACGUAAAUUGAGUAAAAAGCCAAAGAGAAUAUUGCAGUUUUCGGAUGGAGUAAUGGAGGAAUAUUCGUCAGAAGAUGAAAUUGACGCGCCAAAAAAUAAAAUUGUGUCACAGAUAGAUACUAAAAAUAUGAAUUGGUUACCAUGGGCAUGGUACCAAACCACAUGGUUGAGCUCUAAAAUGUUGGACGGUUGUGAUUACGUUGGCGAAUGCUUGGCCAAUUUCUUUGGCAUAACAGCACCCAAGUAUCAAUUCGAGAUCAAUGAGUUUUAUAGGCUGCAAGCACUCGAAAAAGAAAUAUCCCAUAAACAAGAUUUGGAGAUGGGUGGAUGGAACGAACAAAAUAGGAAUAAUCUCAUAAAUAGCGAUACUAUAUUAACAAAUGAAUGUAAGUAAUGGCGUAAAGUGUGGAGAUUUAAUACUGAUGAAACAUGUGUGUGUGUACAUAUAACAAAUUCUCUAUUUUACAAUCCAUUUAAAAUAU